GUAGCUGCUUCUGCUUCAGCUUCUGUUUCUUCUUCCAAAAUGGCGGCUGCAACGUCGUGCUCUCCGGCAAUCUCCGCCGCAUCCGAAACCCUAGCUAAACCGGUCACCAGAAGCUUCGCUACCACCAACCUCGCAUUGCAACCUUCAUCUUCGAAGCUCGGCUUCAAAUCCCUAAGGCUUCGCCGAUGCGGCGCAGCCUACGGCAGCCCAGCCCUCGGAGCUCGCAUGGUGUCGGCGCCGGCGAUAAAGCCUCCCGCUUCGCUCGAUUUCAGCACAUCCGUCUUCAAGAAGGAGAAGAUUAGCCUCGCCGGACACGAUGAGUACAUCGUAAGAGGAGGUAGGGAUUUGUUCCAUUUGUUGCCGGAUUCUUUCAAGGGGAUUAAGCAGAUUGGUGUUAUCGGGUGGGGAUCACAGGGACCUGCUCAGGCUCAGAAUAUACGGGACUCACUUGCUGAAACAAAGUCUGAUAUUGUGGUCAAGAUUGGACUCAGGAAAGGUUCUCGUUCCUUUGCUGAAGCUCGAGCAGCUGGCUUUUCUGAGGAGAAUGGGACUCUAGGAGACAUAUAUGAAACUAUCUCGGGCAGUGAUCUUGUGUUGCUGCUAAUUUCUGAUGCUGCACAGGCUGAUAAUUAUGAAAAAGUGUUUUCCCACAUGAAGCCAAACAGCAUACUGGGGCUGUCCCAUGGGUUUCUUCUUGGGCAUUUACAGUCUUUGGGACUUGAUUUUCCCAAGAACAUUAGUGUAAUUGCUGUGUGUCCAAAGGGGAUGGGUCCAUCUGUGAGGAGGCUCUAUGUCCAAGGCAAAGAGAUAAAUGGUGCUGGUAUCAAUUCAAGCUUUGCAGUCCACCAGGAUGUGGAUGGCAGGGCUUCUGAUGUUGCUUUGGGAUGGUCUGUUGCCCUUGGUUCUCCAUUCACCUUUGCCACUACAUUAGAGCAGGAAUAUAAGAGUGAUAUCUUCGGGGAGAGAGGCAUUUUACUGGGUGCUGUUCAUGGAGUGGUGGAAUCAUUAUUUAGGAGAUACACUGAAAAUCGAAUGGGCGAAGAUCUGGCUUAUAAAAACACUGUUGAGUGCAUAACAGGAAUUAUAUCUAAAACCAUCUCAACUAAGGGCAUGCUAGCUGUCUACAAUGCUUUAUCUCAAGAAGGGAAAAAGGAAUUUGAGAAAGCUUAUAGUGCUUCUUAUUAUCCCUGCAUGGAAAUUUUGUAUGAGUGCUAUGAGGAUAUAGCCAGUGGUAGUGAGAUUCGCAGUGUUGUUCUGGCUGGGCGUCGCUUUUAUGAGAAAGAGGGUCUACCAGCGUUUCCCAUGGGUAAAAUUGAUCAGACCCGCAUGUGGAAGGUUGGCGAGCGUGUCCGAUCUACCAGACCAGCAGGUGAUUUAGGCCCAUUAUAUCCUUUUACUGCCGGUGUCUAUGUGGCAUUGAUGAUGGCCCAGAUUGAGAUCCUGAGGAAGAAAGGGCAUUCCUACUCCGAAAUCAUUAAUGAGAGUGUCAUUGAGUCUGUUGAUUCUUUGAAUCCUUUCAUGCAUGCUCGUGGUGUUUCCUUCAUGGUUGAUAACUGUUCAACCACGGCUAGGUUGGGUUCGAGGAAAUGGGCUCCACGAUUUGAUUACAUCCUAACCCAGCAGGCCUUAGUGGCAGUGGACAAUGGUGCACCUAUUAACCAGGACCUAAUCAGCAACUUCCUCUCAGACCCAGUGCAUGGAGCCAUUGAAGUUUGCGCUGAACUGAGACCUAGUGUAGACAUUUCCGUGCCACCAGAUGCCGACUUUGUUCGUCCGGAGUUGCGCCAGUCCAGCAAUUAGAACUUGAAGCAAUUAUGGCCUUUACACGGUCAAACCUUUUUCAGAUUGCUCAGAACUGCAGCUGUCUUGUUAGUUUGGGUUUUCCAGUUUUGUUUGAUCGAGUGCUAGUAUGUAAGUUGUAUUAUCAUUUUGUAGUUUGUACUUUGUACCACUUAAUGUUCAACGAAGUAGGAUUGUUGCUUAAUGUCUUAUUAAAUAAGUUAAUAAACUAUGUCCACAAACAUGAGCUAUAUAGUUGUUUACCUUGAGAGAGUUAGACGGAUUAAGGACUUUACGAUCAUAAAUUCAUAGUUCUUACAGUU